AUGCUUUCUCUUGCGCAAGGCGCGAGGUACAUCGACUUCCGGAACGCGCCAUAUGCCCAGGCUUCUCUUUUCUACAAUGACCGCUAUUUAAUCAUAAAAGUGUCUGCCUAUCCGGGUUACCUUGUACAGGUGUCUGCCUAUCCGGGUUACGUUGUCCAGGUGUCUGCCUAUCCGGGUUACGUUGUCCAGGUGUCUGCCUAUCCGGGUUACGUUGUCCAGGUGUCUGCCUAUCCGGGUUACGUUGUCCAGGUGUCUGCCUAUCCGGGUUACGUUGUCCAGGUGUCUGCCUAUCCGGGUUACCUUGUCCAGGUGUCUGCCUAUCCGGGUUACCUUGUCCAGGUGUCUGCCUAUCCGAGCCAACCUGUUGGGGCCUCUGUCGAUCCGAGCCAACCUGUCGGGGCGUCUGUCGAUCCGGGUCAACAUGUCCGGGCCCUUUCUCUCACGCUUGCCUCUCUCCGUCACCCUUUAUUCAUUACUACUUUUUUUCCCGUCCCACUAUGA